GGUCUAUGCCGUUGGGCAGUUACGGGUCAUAUUCUGCAUCAAGUGGCCGCUUUUUCUCCCUUGCCACCCGGUAUGCUCGAUUCUUCCAAGAUCCAUCAUGCUGUUGACGCAACUUCCCAAUUCCCAUCACUCACGUGUUCAGCUCCCGUCUCGCGGGAUCUUUGUUUCGCUGCUUUUCAUCCUUAUUGUAUUUGCUAGCACACAAGGUUUCUCCUCCAGUGCUGCUCCUGGUCCGCUUGUACCGUCGGAAGAAAGCAAAAGAAUCCUUCCUGCUGUUCCUCACCCUCGACCGGACCUAUCUUACGUGAUCUUCGCCUUCUUUCCAUCGUUGUCCAAGGUCAUCUGCUCCAAAUCAAUGGUUCUCUUCAACGUCGGCUAUUCAGCAUAACGGUCAUGAGUUAUGAAUACUUCGAUAACGUCGCUACUACUCCCUGGCGUACCCGCCUGAUAUAAGGAUGUCUCAUGCGAAUUCAUCCAAUAUCAUUCCCCGACCACAAUGCGGUCCAUUUUACAUUCGCUGAUUGGCUUAUUCUUGCCAGCUUUUGUGCUAGCAGAUGUUCUCAGUCUUUCGAGUCUCCAAUGGUCGCUACAUAACCAGAAUGCUAGCAUUGUCGUACCAGGCUCAGUUCCCUCUCAAGUCCAUCUUGACCUUGCGAAAGCCGGAAUCCUAACAGAACCGCUUCUCGGCGUCAAUGAUUUCACACAGCGUUGGGUUAUCAAUGAUAACUGGACCUACACGGCUGACCUUACUCCGUUAACGCACAACAUCUCUAGGGAUACAAAAACGCUGCUCGUCUUCUUCGGGAUUGAUACCAUUGCAAACAUUACAGUCGGCGGGGACCCCGUUGCUUGGGUCUCAAAUCAAUUUCAACAAUACGUCUACGAUAUCUCGGACCUUGUUUCCCGGAAGAGCAAAAACAACAAUCUGACUGUUGCACUGGAAUCUGCCUACUUCUAUGGGCUAAAUGUUACUUCGAGGCCGGAUGCUGAAAUCAGUCCAACUGGUGACUUCGAAUAUAACGGAAUUCGCCAGUUCAUACGAAAGACACAAUCUGACUUUGGCUGGGACUGGGGUCCUGCGUUCGUGCCAAGCGGAAUCUUCAAACCCGCUUUCCUCGUCACUCUCCCAACCAAAACGAACCCUCGAUCUUCCGCAGCUCCAGCUUCACAUCCUCUCCUUGUUUCAUCUGGGUCAUCACCUAUCUUUAUCGAGGAAUCCUCGCUCGAGAUCCUGAAACGCGGACAAAACACAGCUCCUACUCUGCCGCCGAAUGAGUCCGCCCCGUGGGUCGUGAAUCUUACUCUGGCAUUGCGUUCAUCUGUUCCAGUUACCUCUCCAUCGAUCACCAUCGACUUUCCGGAGUUGAAAGUCAAAAGUUCUGCGUUGAGGAUUCCUAACUUUGGCGGAUCGACCAAAGCUCCGACGUUCGUGAACGUGCACUUUGAGAUUCCGGAGGGUGUGCCGCAGAGAUGGUUCCCUCAUAAUCUGGGAACACCGAAGUUAUACAACGCGACUGUGACUCUUAGCUUCACGAGGGGUCAGCAGCAUUCCUCGUCUACCUCCGAGUCAGGUGCUUCUGCGGUAGGGCAAAAAGAGGGCGUCGCUUUCACUACACGGACAGGAUUCCGGACUAUUCAACUCAUCCAGACACCUUACUCAGAAGCGGAUGUACGGGAUCGAGGUAUUACCCCUGGUGAUCAAUGGCAUUUCGAGAUCAACGGAAUGGCGUUCUAUAGCUCUGGAACGAAUAUUAUUCCCUUCGAUCCAUUUUAUGCUCGAAUGACAUCCGAUCAAGUACGUUGGGUCCUUGAAAGCGCAGUUCUAAGUGGUCAAAACAUGCUUCGAAUUUGGGGUGGCGGUAUCUACCAACCAUCAGACGAGCUGACGGGUGGAUAUGACUUCUACUCUGCUUGCGACGAACUCGGUAUUCUCGCAUGGAGUGAACUCAUCUUCUCCGACGCCCUGUACCCUAUCAACGACUUCCUUCUCGAAAGCAUUGAGCCGGAAGUCCGGCAGAAUGUGAGGAGGGUGAAACGUCAUCCGAGUAAUGCGCAAUGGGCUGGAGGGAAUGAGAUCGAAGGGAUCGUUAUUGCUGUUAACACCAGUCUCCCGAAUGAAACGCACUAUUUGAACGAGUUUCAAACAUUGUUCGGAGAGUUUUUGCACGACAUUGUCUACGAGGAGCAGAGCUCUGUCGCGUAUACAGAUUGUUCAACUACAAGUGGCGUUUUAAGCCUAGAUCCAUACGUGAUCAGGUAUGCGAACAGGACGUUUGGGGAGAUAUUUGGUAACGGAGAACGAUACAACUACGAUGCAUCUGUAGCAUUUGAUUACAGUACCUAUCCUGUAUCGAGAUUCAUGAAUGAAUUCGGCUUCCACUCUAUGCCGUCGUUCUAUAGCUGGGAAGAAGCUCUCACCUCACCCUCCGAUUUCUCGUUCAACUCCACAGUAGUCGCCUCACGAGACCAUCACCCACCAGCCGGUAGCCUCGCCUUCCCCAACCCGAACGCCCCUCAAGGCCAAGCUCAAAUGACAUCCGCAGUUCAACUCUGGCUCCCCUCUCCAUCCCUCACUUCCACCUCCAACCAUACAUUCGCCCAAUGGUGCUUCAGUACCCAGAUCUUCCAGAGUUUGAACAUGGUCUCCGAAAUCGCUUGGUAUCGACGUGGAGCGGGGUUAGGAGAGAAUAACCUGGGCGCAUUGGUUUGGCAGUUGAAUGAUAUUUGGCAAGGUGCCAGUUGGAGUUCUAUUGAGUACUCUGGGAGGUGGAAGGUCCUUCAAUAUGGUAUGACGAGUGCAUUUUCUCCGCUGUUCGUCUAUCCUUUCUGGACUGCAGCGAACGAGACGCUUGAGGUUAGAGUGAUGAGCGAUAGGUUGGAGCCGGUGAAAGACGUGAAUGUGCGGUUUACGUGGUAUGAGUGGGGUGGGAGGCAGGUUAGUACACAGGUCGUGAAGACGGAUGUGGGCGUGUUGAACGGGAGUGUGGUUUGGGAGGGGUCGGGGUUAGACGCGAACAUCCUGCCGAAGGGCACCAAACGAGAAGAUGUCUGGCUGUUGUUGAGUCUGACGGGGAACGUGGAAGGAAAGACAGUCACGAAUGAACAAGUGUUCACUCCGGUGUCGCUGGCAACCGUCACCUUACCUGACCCUCAGAUUAGCCUCACGCACACCUCCAACCUCACGUUCAAACUCUCGGCACGAGGUGGGGUAGCGCCUUUCACCUGGAUUGAUCAUCCUGCCGGUACUAUUGGGUACUUUGUCGACGUUAAGACCGGCCUACCUAGCAAUGGAUUCUAUCUUGUACCAGGUAUCGAUCGCACUGUACGCUUUGUUAUGAAUCCCACUUUGUCGAAGGUGAAGGAUCCCAAUCCUGCCGAUUUCGUCGUUAGGUCGUUAUUCGAUAACACCUACGAUUGAAUGUUAUACAUGAGGAUAACUCUUCGAAUGAAUUCAUUCUUCGCCUCAUAGUCACAAUCCGAAUCGCAAACAAGAUUCAUUUUCGAUAGUGAUUCUUGCUUGCUUCAUGAACGAAUGAGAGACAAAGAAAUAGAUCCAAUUGUGAAAAGUACGAUACGAAACCUAGAAGGCGACUAAAUAAGAGCUAUAGAGUUCAGUUGUAUGUUGCUAAGCGAGUGCAGGUGCGAGGGGCAGUAGUUAAAACCCCAAUAAAAUACAAUAUAUCCC